AUGGCAAGCAAGGUUCAGAAUUUCGGUCUCGUGAGAAAAGGCGCCGGUCAUGCGGUUCUAGAGGCAACUCCCAUACCGAGGUUGCCAGACGACUACCUACUCAUCAAAACUGUUGCAGUCGCCAUAAACCCAACAGACUGGACUACUCUCGACGCAGUUGGAGACAACGGUACUCUAGUUGGAUGCGACUUUGCUGGUAUUGUAGAGGAGAUCGGCCCGGCUGUUACCAAGAAGUUCCAAAAAGGAGACCGUGUUGCCGGGUUUUCUCAUGGAGGAAACGAUGCAAACCCAGAGACGGGUGCCUUUGCUCGAUUCGUCAUUGCCAAGGGCGACCUCGUGAUGCAUAUUCCGGAUAAUGUCAGCUGGGAAGCGGCGGCUACAGUUGGAGUUGCGAUAGGUACUGUUGGUAUGGGUCUGUACCAGAUUAUGGGCUUAAAACUGCCGACUGAGGCUCCUCAAAUUGGGGAUGGCAGUGAUCCAGUUCUCGUAUACGGUGGGAGCACCGCCACGGGGACGAUUGCUAUUCAAUUUGUCAGAUUGUCCGGGCGAAAAGUUCUUACAACGUGCUCACCAAAACAUUUCGAACUAGCUAAAGAUCGAGGCGCCGAACUUGUAUACGAUUACCAUACACCCAACAUUGCAUCGGACAUUCGAAGUGAAACUAAUGACCAACUGAUAGACGUUUUUGACACUGUAGCACUAGAAUCUACCGCAGCUUUCUGCUCAGAUGCGAUUGGCUCUUCGGGAGGGCUAUAUGUCAAUCUGCUAGGUGUUCAAAGUCAACGAUCGGACGUGCGGUCUGUUUUCUAUUUGGGAUAUAGCGCCUCCGGAGAGAGCUUUAUAUUUGAGGGCCAACAUUUUCCGGCGAAACCGGAAGAUUUAGUAUUCGCCAGGAACUUUUUUGCUGUCGCUGAGAAGCUCUGGAUGGAAGGGAAGUGGAAGUCACAUCCGGUUCGUGUUGGAUCUGGUGGGUUGAUUGGUGUGCUUGAUGGGAUGAAGCAAAUGAAGGAAGGUAAAGUGAGUGGCGAGAAGCUGGUGUAUCUUGUUGAUGACACCGAAUGGCCCGCGGUGUAG